GUUCGCCGGGAGCGGGGAGGAACUGUGUGCUGUCACCAUGUGCGGAAUUUUUGCUUAUCUGAACUACAGAGUGCCUCGUACUAGGAAGGAAAUAUAUGAAACCCUGAUAAAAGGAUUGCAGAGGCUGGAGUACAGAGGAUAUGACUCUGCAGGAGUAGCAAUUGAUGGAAAUAAUAAUGAAGAUAAAGAAAGGUUCAUCAAGCUAGUUAAGAAGAGAGGAAAAGUAAAGGCCCUGGAAGAAGAGUUGUACAAACAAGAUGACCUGGAUUCGAAAACAGAUUUUGAAACACAUUUUGGAAUUGCUCAUACUCGCUGGGCGACCCACGGAGUCCCAAGUGCAAUAAACAGUCACCCCCAGAGAUCAGAUAAAAGGAAUGAAUUCGUUGUUAUCCACAAUGGAAUCAUCACAAAUUAUAAGGACCUGAGAAAAUUUCUGGAGAGCAAAGGCUACGAAUUCGAAUCUGAAACAGAUACAGAAACAAUCCCCAAACUGAUCAAAUACAUGUAUGACAACAGAGAGAGCGAGGACACCAGUUUUUCAGCCUUGGUAGAAAGAGUUAUUCAGCAGUUGGAAGGUGCUUUUGCAUUGGUUUUCAAGAGCAUCCAUUACCCAGGUGAAGCUGUUGCUACCAGGAGGGGGAGUCCUUUGCUCAUUGGGGUUAGGAGCAAGUACAAGCUCUCAACUGAACAGAUUCCUGUUUUGUACAGAACAUGCAACAUUGAGAAUGUGAAGAACAUCUGCAAUUCCCGAGUGAAAAGAUUGGACAGCUCAACCUGCCUUCAUGCUGUUGGGGAUAAAGCAGUAGAAUUCUUCUUUGCUUCAGAUGCAAGUGCUAUCAUUGAGCACACCAACAGAGUGAUUUUCCUAGAAGAUGAUGACAUUGCAGCAGUAACUGAUGGGAAGCUCUCAAUUCACCGUCUGGAGCGUUCGGCCAGUGAUGAUCCUUCCCGGGCCAUCCAAACCUUGCAGAUGGAAUUGCAGCAAAUCAUGAAGGGCAACUUCAGUGCCUUCAUGCAGAAGGAAAUCUUUGAACAGCCAGAAUCAGUUGUCAACACGAUGAGAGGAAGGGUGAAUUUCGAGAGCAGCACAGUUUUGCUGGGGGGGCUGAAGGAUCAUUUGAAAGAAAUCAGAAGAUGCCGGAGACUGAUCAUUAUUGGCUGUGGGACCAGUUACCACGCUGCAGUAGCUACUCGACAAGUAUUGGAAGAAUUAACUGAACUACCAGUGAUGGUGGAACUGGCCAGUGACUUCCUGGAUAGAAACACACCUGUGUUCAGGGAUGAUGUGUGCUUUUUCAUAAGCCAGUCAGGUGAAACUGCAGAUACACUUAUGGCCUUGAGGUAUUGCAAAGAACAUCGUGCUCUGACAGUUGGCAUCACAAACACAGUUGGAAGCUCAAUAUCCAGGGAGACUGACUGUGGGGUGCACAUCAAUGCAGGACCUGAGAUAGGCGUGGCGAGCACAAAGGCUUACACCAGCCAAUUCGUGUCUCUUGUAAUGUUUGGCCUAAUGAUGUCUGAAGACAGAAUUUCCUUGCAGAAAAGGAGACAGGAGAUCAUUAGUGGACUAAAAUCGUUGCCAGAGAUGAUUAAAGAAGUCUUGUCCUUGGAUGAGAAGAUACACGACUUGGCUCUUGAACUGUACAAACAAAGAUCACUGCUGGUUAUGGGCCGUGGGUAUAAUUACGCCACCUGUCUGGAAGGAGCUUUGAAAAUAAAAGAAAUCACCUAUAUGCACUCUGAAGGGAUCUUGGCUGGUGAGCUGAAACAUGGGCCAUUAGCCCUAAUAGAUAAACAAAUGCCUGUUAUCAUGGUGAUAAUGAAGGAUCCUUGUUUCACCAAGUGCCAGAAUGCUCUGCAACAGGUCACUGCUCGGCAGGGUCGCCCAAUCAUUCUGUGUUCUAAAGAAGACACAGAAAGCUCAAAAUUUGCCUACAAAACCAUUGAGCUCCCUCAUACAGUUGACUGCCUUCAAGGAAUCUUGAGUGUUAUUCCUCUUCAGUUGCUGUCGUUCCACCUGGCUGUUCUCAGAGGAUACGAUGUGGACUUUCCAAGAAAUUUGGCCAAAUCUGUUACUGUAGAAUAACAGCCAAGAACAGCUGAUGUUUUUUGCCACCAGACCUUCGAGUUGUAUUUGUAGAAAUGUGUUGUUCUCAGUUGAUAGGUACACAUUUUUUCCAAAGAGAAUGACAGCGCUAACCGGAAAGUGUCGGAAGGAUUUAUCUUGCAGCUUAGAAAGCUUUUGAUGUGCCUUGUACCCAAGUGCUUUUGCUCACAGCAAAUAUUCCUCUAAGUCCUGGAAUUGCCAAAGAAGAUAAAAAUUGUUUACACAUGGUAUACUGAAUGAACUUUUCUACUGUGCAAUAUAUAUAUAUAUAUGUACAGCUCUCUCCAGAGUUACUGUGAACAUUUUUUUUAGCCUACACUACUUAACUAGUUUUAAAGAUACAGUAUUUAUAACUACAAUUGUAUAGCUUUUUUUUAAGUUAUUUUUUUAGUACAUUGCUUACCUGUAACGUUUUGUAAUGCUCAGAACGUAAAUACUGAGCAUGUUGACACUUCUGUACAGUUGUUGGGGAUUUCCCUUCUUCAGCCUCAAACUGGAAAUGUGUUGUCCCUCUUCCCCUCCCACCUUCCUCUCCUCCCCUCUGCAUCUGUGUUUCAUGUUUAACCAGACACUUGCAAAGUUAUUCUGUGGCUGUAAAUUCCCCAGCUACGUUCAAAAUUUCUGCUUCUUCCAGCUCACUUGAAAAGCUAGAACAACAUUUGUAUUGUAAGCCACCCCAGCUCUUAUUUGCAUAACAUGUACAGUGCAGCAGAAUAAGGGAACUGGAUGUCUUUCGAGUGAUAUUUUUGUUUGAAGAGGGCACAGUGAAACUACAAUGCAAUUAAAAA